CUUAGACAUCUGAGUGGUAAUAACAUAGCCAGUGGCAAUUCCUAGCUAGCUACCGUUCAACCGUUGAUUGUGUGCAAGAUGAAGACCGUUUUCGUGUGCCUGCUGCUGGCUUUGGCCGGUCAAUCCCUUGCCCAGAGCCAGGAUGAGUUUGUGGAGUAUCUGCUGGAGAUCCAGAGCCGGGCGGAAGCUGUCCAUCAGUCGAUGGAGGAUACGUUCGACAAUAUCCGCUUCUCGAUGAGCGAAGCGUUGAUUGAUCUGAACCGUCAGCUGAUCGAGCGCAUGAACUCGGCUCUCGAGGAGAUCGAUGAGGUUCGUGAGGAUACCGAAGCGUUCGUUGGUGAAUCGUCUGCACCGGCUGCCUGUGUCGAUGUUGUCGUCGCUAAUUGGGAACGUGAGAUCGAAUGGGCCGGUGAGGCGCUGUCUAGCUGUGCCAGCCAAGCUAAUGUGCAGAUCGUUUCGCGUACUGCCGAAGUCCACGCCGCUCUGGAGGCUGCCCAGAUUGCUUCGACCGAGCUGCAGAACAUCGUUGUCCGUGGAUUCAUUGACUGGAACGCUAUCGAUGCGACGGAAGAGCUUGCGGAUGUCGUCGGUGCCCAGAUUGAGGAGAGAGACAGCUACUUCCGACUGAUCACCCAUCCCGCCCUCGAGCGCGUCCUGGAGGAUGUCCUGGAGCUGGAUGACAAUCUGCUGCCGGAGAUCCUGACCUGCGUUAACCGUGGCGUUGAGCGUUUCAGCAGCUACGGCCAGGUGAUCCGUGACACUCUGUCGUUCUGCUCGCAAUAA